AUGUCUAAUCUAGCACAAGCCCGUCUUCACGAGGAGAGAAAGCAGUGGAGAAAGGACCACCCGUUUGGAUUUUACGCCAAGCCGCUCAAGAAUGCCGAUGGGACACUCAACAUCAUGAGCUGGGAAGUUGGAAUCCCAGGAAGGGCAGGGACUGACUGGGAAGGGGGCGUAUAUGUGGUGAAGAUGGUCUUCCCCGAUGACUUCCCUACAAAACCCCCGAAGUGCAAAUUUGACCCUCCCCUCUACCACCCCAACGUCUACCCAUCCGGCACCAUCUGUCUUUCAAUCCUCGACGAGGAAAAGUCAUGGAAACCAUCUAUCACCAUCAAACAAAUUGUCUUGGGUGUGCAGGACCUCUUGAACAACGCAAAUGUCAACGACCCGGCGCAGGUGGAGGCUUAUCAAAUGUUCAAAAAUGAUCGCCCGACGUAUGACAAGCGAAUCAGGGCGCAAGCCAUUGAGCGUCGUCCGAAAUAG